AUGGCGACCACCACUCCAUCCACCGCCGUUGGCAACGCAGAAGCAUCAGGCCUACAACAACCAGAACCGCAACAACCGGAGAACCACCAACACCAGGAUGGCAGAGCACCCACCACCACCACCACCACGACGCGUGGUCCAACGCCGCUUCUCACGCGACUCCGCUUCCUCCUGCGCAUCUACACCAUGAAACUCGCCGUCUCGCUCUUCCUGCGGCUGAUGCGCAUCGCUGCUAUCAUCACCCGCCGCUCCAGCUCCAGCACCCUGCCGACCUACACGAAACGAUACGCCAUCCGCCCGCAGCUCAGCAACCGCAUCUUCAUCCCCCGGUCCCACGUGCCCGGCACGACGCACCCGCUCCUUAUCAUGAUCCACGGAGGGGGCUUCGCGCUGUGCGACCCCAGCCUGGACGACUUCUUCAACCGCGCCAUGGCCGACCAGCACGACUUCGUCGUCGUGAGCGUGAAUUACCGGAAAUCGCCUUCCCACGCGUUCCCCGUCCCCGUGCACGAUUGCGCGGAGAUCACGCGCGCGGUCCUCGCCGACACGGACCUUCCCGUCGACUUGACGGCAUGCCCCGUAUCCCUAGGCGGGUUCUCCGCUGGUGGCAAUCUCGCGCUGGCGAUCGCGCAACUGCCCGGCAUUAGGGAGCGCGUGGAGAGCGUCGUCCCCGUGUACCCUGUCGUCGACUUCACAGGGCGUCACAAGGGACCGUACCGCCCCACGCCGGACGGGAAGGAAGACCGGCUGAAGGAGAUGGGCCCGGUGUUCAGCUGGGCGUAUAUUCCUGUGGGUCAGGACUUGGCGGAUCCGUUGCUCUCGCCCAUUUGCGUCCGAAGCCGGGAGGCCCUGCCGCGGAGGAUCUUCUUCGUGGGCGCCGAGUAUGAUUACUUGUGUCAUGAGGCGGAGAUCAUGGCGAGGAGGCUUGCUUACGGAGAAGAGGAUAAGACCGGUGAAGUAGGCGAUGAGUGGGAGAACGAUGGGAUUAAGUGGAGGAAGGUCAAGGGCGUGGUCCAUGGGUGGACGCACAUGCCUGAGAAAGGGGACAAGGAGGUGUCGAGGCAGAAUGAGUUGAAAACGCUGUAUAGGGAGAUUGCGCAGUGGUUAAGGGAGGAGUGA